UAGGAUUUCUGGGGGCUGGCGCCGCCCUAGGGGUGAAUCUGAGGAAACUGGAACGCCCCCCUCUACGCCUGGCGACGCUGCUUGCCUUUGCACCCCCUUCAAAAACACCUGCUUGGCGAGGUGGUUAUUUUUUAAAAAACAAAAACCCGGCCUGCACCGGCCUACGCGGCGGGGCUCACACCUAGAGGAGUCACCCGCACAGGGCCUCGACAUCGAGACAUCGAGACGCAGGGGUUUGUAGAACGUGCGGCCACGAGGCCAGGGCUUCCCGGCUUGCCUUCGGUCCGCACCUUCUCGUGGGCGCGCGGGCUAGCGCCCGGCUCCGUUUGAACCCUUCCUUCCCUCCCCCCAACCCCCUAUAAAAGUCCAGGGCGGCGCGGCAGCCGCACUGCUGCUCUCCCGGCCUCCCGCACUGCUCCGGCCCGGCUCGGCCCGGCCCGCCCCGUCUGGCCAGCUGAGCAGGCCCGGUGGCACAGCGCGGACACCCUUUCCCUGUUCGGGGCCGGCAGUGCGGGGCGGCACGCUGGGGGCGCGGCGUGUCUGGGGACAUCUUGUGAUGUUGGCGAGAACAGGACAUGAUCUCACAUGGCGAGAAGCUCUUUAGUUCCUUAAUCAUUUCACGGUGCCUUCGGACGCUUUUUUUCCACCUAAAACGUUUAGUUUCAGCUCAGUGAUCAGCUACCCCAGCUCGGCGGGGGAGCGGAAGGCUUGAAUUAUUCCGACCUGUGAGCGGCCCCUGGCACCAGAAAAAAAAAAAAAAAGAAAGAAAGAAAGAAAGAAAAAGAAAAGAGAAAGAAAAAAGAAAAAGAAAGGGGAAAAAAGGAAAAGAAAAGAAAGAAAAAAAGAAAAAAGAAAGAAAAAGAAGCACACACAAAAAGUGGAAACUUUUUCCACCUGUCCACUUCAUCAAGUUCUGGAAAAUCAAAAUGGAUUUAGAGAAAAAUUACCCGACUCCUCGGACCGGCAGGACAGGACAUGGAGGAGUGAAUCAGCUUGGGGGGGUUUUUGUGAAUGGACGGCCGCUCCCGGAUGUAGUCCGCCAAAGGAUAGUGGAACUUGCUCAUCAAGGUGUCAGGCCCUGCGACAUCUCAAGGCAGCUUCGAGUCAGCCAUGGUUGUGUCAGCAAAAUUCUUGGCAGGUAUUAUGAGACGGGGAGCAUCAAGCCUGGUGUAAUUGGAGGAUCCAAACCAAAGGUCGCCACGCCCAAAGUGGUGGAAAAAAUUGCUGAGUAUAAACGCCAAAAUCCCACCAUGUUUGCCUGGGAGAUCAGGGACCGGCUGCUGGCGGAACGGGUGUGUGACAAUGACACGGUGCCCAGUGUCAGUUCCAUCAACAGGAUCAUCCGGACAAAAGUACAACAACCCCCGAACCAGCCGGUCCCAGCUUCCAGUCACAGCAUAGUGUCCACGGGCUCCGUGACGCAGGUGUCGUCGGUGAGCACGGACUCGGCCGGCUCCUCGUACUCCAUCAGCGGUAUCCUGGGCAUCACGUCUCCCAGCGCAGACACCAACAAGCGCAAGAGAGAUGAAGGUAUUCAGGAGUCUCCGGUGCCGAACGGCCACUCACUGCCAGGCAGAGACUUCCUCCGGAAGCAGAUGCGGGGAGAACUGUUCACGCAGCAGCAGCUGGAGGUGCUGGACCGCGUGUUUGAGAGGCAGCACUACUCGGACAUCUUCACCACCACAGAGCCCAUCAAGCCCGAGCAGACCACUGAGUACUCAGCUAUGGCCUCGCUGGCUGGAGGGCUGGAUGACAUGAAGGCCAACCUGACCAGCCCCACUCCCACCGACAUUGGGAGCAGCGUGCCCGGGCCACAGUCCUACCCCAUUGUGACAGGCCGUGACUUGGCGAGCACGACCCUCCCCGGGUACCCUCCGCACGUCCCCCCCGCCGGACAAGGCAGCUACUCAGCACCGACGCUGACAGGGAUGGUGCCUGGGAGUGAGUUUUCCGGGAGCCCCUACAGCCACCCUCAGUAUCCCUCAUACAACGACUCCUGGAGGUUCCCCAACCCGGGGCUGCUCGGCUCCCCAUACUAUUACAGCGCCGCUGCCCGAGGGGCUGCCCCACCUGCAGCCGCCACUGCCUAUGACCGUCACUGACCCUCGGAGCCAGGCAGGCGCCAAGCACUUAUAACACAUAUCACUGAGGGCGAUAGCCUCUCAGCCCCUCUGAAGACGGCCAGAGGGGCCCAACGAGACCAUCCCCCAGCAACCCCCACUCACCUGAAACUCCCUCCCAACCUUUUCCUGCCAGGGACUCUGGGGUUCCAUGGUAAGGCUGUUGGACUUGUAGACAUGCGUCCAUUUCUAAGAGUCAAUCAGUGAGCUUCUCCCAACAGCAGCUGGGUCUCUGCACACCAACGGACUAUUCUUCAGACAACUGUAGCCCCAGCCUAGCCUGCCAGUCCCCAGCUGUCUGACCAUCCACCUGUCUUCCUGCCCCAGGCCUGGGAAGGAGAGCUUGCUUUUGUCGCUUCAACAGCACCCAUGUAAAUACCUUCUUGCUUUUUUGUGGGCCUGAGGGUCCAGCUGAGCAGACAGCCCACCCAUUAUGCAUCCAGUACUCCCGAUGUGUCACAGGAAAUCUUAGACCUGUGUGCAGAAUAUCCCCUCUGUUCUGGCUGCCCCCCAAGGGUGGGCUUGGAGUUGUCCUUGAGACUAAAGAUGCCCACCUCAGGGCCCAGCCUCCUGCUCAUUGCUACUUCUUUAACGUCUGGACUAGGAGUCUCAUCGGGCUAGUUAUGCUUCAAGCUUCCCCCCUGAGAACCUCCUCAGGAGAAACACACUCUGGAGAGAUGCCCUGGCUUCCUGACUUCAUUUCCCUGGGCCCAAUGCAGUGUGAGCAGCUCUUUUCCAUAUCAAAGGACUCAAAGAGAACUGUCUGGGAGAGUCUUCAGCUACUACUCUAAAGUAAGAUGCUGUCCAAGGUGCUGACUGCAUUGCGGACUUUGAAUGCUAGGGCUGGACAGGACCAGGAGACCAUAGUCCUAGGCGGGAACCCCAAGGCCCUGGAACCACUGAACUGAACUGGGAUGUGUUUUCUGAGGAAUUCCCAGGUUCAUAUCACACCGGACACCCACCGUGGACAUUUCUCCCACCCUCCAGGAUGCCAGAGAGUGGAUUCUGGGCAAGCCUGUCCCUGCCAUGUAGACAAUGAUUAACAAAAAGGACUUUCCUGCACUGAGGACCACAAACACCUACAGAAGUCAGCCAGAACUUCAUGAUCAACCCCUCCCCACCCUCGUGGAGCCUAGUAUGCAGCUGGGAAUAGAGGUGCUGGGGUGGGAGCAGAUGCCUAACCUUGCACAGUGGGUAUGUACCUAUUGAUGCAAGGGGUUGUGAUGGUCAGAGCCAUGGCCAGUGGCCCAAGGAGCCUGGAGAGGGGAGCUUGGAGAACUCGCUGUGGGCUGGUGAGAUCAGAAAAACCCACCUGGGAGGAUGCAGGGGACAGAGGAAGGCCUUCUGGGAAGAUUAGGACAGGCAGUGAGGAACUGGUGUUUGAACUGGGAGUGGUUUUGAAAUAGGGGUACCAGGGGCCACCAUCUCUUCUCCCAGGGCCUCAAUUCCUUGAAUAGUUUUUUUGCCAACUCAGAACAGCAAGGUGAGGCACUACCCGAAUCUGGGCUGAAUUACAGUGAGAACAAUGGAUGUUGCCAUCUCAUGUGACAGUGUCCCCAAUGUUGGCACGUCACCAAAUUGGCAAAGAGCUGGGGUGGAGAGAGCCUGAACUUUACGUUAUUGGGCCUGAGAGGUCUUGUCCUGGCCGUACCUUUUCCUUGCUGUGGGACCUCAGACGUUCACCUCUCUGAGCCUCAGCUCCCUUGGUAUAGCAGGGUCACCUGCAGGGUCAUCCUACAGCUCUCUCCUUGCCUUCCUCUUUCCCAGGAUGCUGGGGCUGUAACAGAGUCAUCUGGGGCAUAUCUUCCACUUCUGAGCAACCAUACAGGGUGGGCACUCGAGUCCUGCUAAUAUUUGGACCAAAUAGGAAAUAAGAACACCCAGAGGCGUGGGAAUCAGCCUUGGGGAAGACCUAGUCCAACUUCCCUCAGGGGAAACUGAGGCCCCAUUUGGGGAAGCCCAGGACCAUGCAGGGAGAUAGAACAGACCUCCUGUGGCCACCACCAAGUGUUUUCUCCCCAACAUCCUACGAGGCGGUAGGACAGAAGAGGAAACUGAGGCUCAACAAGGUGGAGUCCCCAAGCAGUGACUGGCAGAGGUGGAGCUGGCAUUCAGCCCCCUGACCCCAGGAACAAGGUGAUCCUCCCAUCCUUGGGGAGGGCAGUUGAGAGUGAGGGCAGUGGGAGGUUGCUCUGGGUCCACUGCCACAGAUGGAGUGUCCUGGGCUGUUAGCACUGCUGAGGGAGCCCAGGCACCCAGGGCAGAAGUGGAGCCAGUGAGCUCACUGCAGGCACACCCACCACCUUGGAACCUUCUGGGCAAAGAAGGGAGGCAGCUGGGGCAGAGCCCACCUCUGAAAACAGGAUGAACGAGCUCCAGCCUCUACCUGCCAGACAAGGUAGGAGAAGGUAUGUUAGCUGGCCUCUCCUUUCCUCCUUCCCUUCCUCCCUCCCUUCUUCAGGAAGUGAUGGGGUCAGGCCUUUGACCUCUUGCAUCCUCAUCUUUGGAUCCUUGUUGCUCCUUGUGGUCUCAGGCUGUUGGGAGGCCAGCCUUCCCUGAACCAACAGCCUGAAGCGCACACUAAAGCCCAUCUGGCCCCAUACUGUUCUUUCUCCUUGGCCUGUGAUGAGCUCCCUCCAUGCCUUUCCUCUCUGAAGCUCUGCUGGUCUUCAGAUCGCAUUGGUAUUUAUUAGACAAGCACUUGAUUCCUGGGCUGCCAGGCAGAAGCACAAGAGCACAUGGACGCACACGCAUGUUCUCACACAUGCACCUGCUCUCCCCAGCUCAGAGUUCCCGCGCUGGUUGAGCUGCCCGGGAGCUCAGAGAGAACGGUUCCGAAGGACACAAGCCGUUGAGUAAAUGCCAGAGAAUUAUGAAUGAAAAACACAAGGUCAGGGCUUUCACCAGCAUCGUGGCUGGAGGCCUAGGGACCUUCAGCCCUAUGUUCCAGCUCUGACUUUUGGAAAAGGACCUUGUGAAUUUUAUGAAAAAGUUUCAUACCAUUAGUCUAGCUCCAGCCUUGAAAAUUUGAUGACAUAUCAAAUCCAACAUCCCUUUCCCAAGGCGCCUUAGUUAGGGUUAGCCUUUUCAUAACUGACAUUUGUAUGGUGCUUUGCCAUCCUUGACCAUUCUCUGGGGCAAAGAUCACAAUGCCCAUUUUACAAAUGGGAAAACUGAGAUUUGGGGCUUGCACGGUAAGACAGAGCUGAAGUGAAUUCUCAGAUCUCCAGGCCCCGUUCACCCUCCACAGAAUUGCGCUCCUGUCAUGGGAGCCUAUGACUUAGACACACCCUUCAAUAUCUUAGAAACCCCCUAGACCCACAAUGAGGAAAGAAAGAACAGGGACCCAGAGGCUGGCCUGACCAAAGGGCCUGCAGGCUGGUAGUUUUGCUGGUCUGACUUGAUUCCCAUUAACACCAAGACCUACAAAGUCUUUGCCCAGAUUCACUCACAUCAGUGCUUCUGAGGUUUCAUCAGACUCCUUCCCUGCUGUGUCCUGAGACUCCGAUGGGAUCGGAUCUUGUCCAGGACUGUACCAUCAGCCCUGGCAGGGCCUAGACAUGGGACCAGAUCUGACCUCUGGGGUCUAAGUUUCCAGUGGCAUGAGAUGUCUGUCGUGAGAUGUUAUGAGAUGUCCCUCACUCUUUUCUUUAUCCAUCCCACUGUGGUUCAGACUCUAGGCCUGGCUGUG